GAGUGAUGCUUCUAAGCACUCGUGUAUGGCAUUUGAAAAUUCGCUGCAUGGAGGAGCCAGCCACUUUGUGUCGUAUUUGUAAAUUUAAUGGUUAUUAACUUCUCCCAAAACCUGUAAUUACUUACCUUUUGUCAUCCCGUCUAGUGCACACUAGCCAACCGGAGAGUUGUUCUGGUUAACCUCUCUGCGUUUCAUGUCUUCUUUUAUCCCUGUAUAUUAAUCUUCGUAAUUGUCAAUUAGCAUUGGACAAUUCGUGAACUCGGGCAGUAAAGAUCCAGCCAAUAUAGCAAAAAGAAAAAAAAAGAAAGAAAAAGAAUUGCUCACGGAGCCAAGCGUAUGCAUUUAGUUUAGUUUUAAUUCUGAACAUACUUGGAACUGCCUGCUUCUUGGCCAAUCCCCCGUAGUGGGUAUGAGCCACAACGGGGGACAAGACUGUCUACGACGACUGCUAGUCAACUAGCGGUCUUUGUAGGAAGCGAAAAUGGGCCACCAGUAGGAAGAACAAAGAAGAAGAGGACGUUACCCGCAUGCUGCCCUCGGUCGAGCGGCCAGCGACUCCUGUAGAGGACGGUACCUGCACCCGCCGAGAGAGCUUCGCAAAGGCGAACCGGCUGUUCGCCUGGCUUCCCCUGCUGCUGGUAUCGGUGCUGCUUUCGUGGGGCUACUACGCCUACGUUCUCGUCUUCUGCUGCGUCGUCAUCGCGCAGGAAAGCAUAGCCAAGGCCGUAUUCUUCGGCAUCGGAUUCCAUCUGCUACUCUUCCUGUGCGUCUGGUCGUACGCGAAGACGAUGGCGACCGCGAUUCCCGACGUGCCUCCCGCGUAUCUGCUGAGCGUGGGCGAGCAGCAGGCGCUCGCCAACUGCCACAAUGAACGCACCCGGCGCGGUCUGCUCGAGAUGCUAGCAGCGGACAGAGGCGUGAUCACCCUGGGGCCAGACGGGUGCGCCAGGUACUGCGCGCCGUGCCAGCUGCUCAAACCUGACAGGUGUCACCAUUGCUCCACGUGCCGAAGGUGCAUCAUGAAGAUGGACCACCACUGCCCGUGGUUCAACAACUGCGUCUGUUUCAGCACCUACAAGUUCUUCCUGCUCACACUCGCCUACGUGGUGGCACUGUGCAUCUACACCAUCACCACCUUGGCAGCCCACUUGGUCGAGUGGGGGUCGGAUCCGUCGCCACUGAAGCCCUACGGCUUGCACGUGGGCUUCAUCAUGCUCGUGGGCUCGGCGCUGGCCAUCGGCCUCGGCUCUUUCCUCGGCAUGCACCUGUCCAUGGUGUUGAGGAACGAGACGACGCUGGAGAGCAUGCGUAGCAUAAUGUUCCUGGAGCACGGGGACUCGUUCGACCUCGGCAGCCGUUAUCGGAACUUCGUAGAGGUGUUCGGACUACGGUGGUCGCUGUGGAUGAUUCCCGUGUUCACGAGUCUCGGCGACGGCGUCCGGUUCCCGACCAGGCUGCACCCCACGCGAGGCAGAGUCGAGUCUCGGCCGUCUUCCUUCGUGCCAACCUACUCCGCGGCCACCUAUUCGACGCGCUCGUCGAGCCUCGAUCCUGGGGCCGCCGUCGUGGACAUAGUACGAUAGCCAAUCGAGCUGCGUAAGAGACCACGAUAUUGAAUGUGACCUGACUGAAAUUUCGUUUUCUCAUUAAUCUCUGGAUUACUUCACAAGAUUGGAUCGGUUGGUUCUUUGCUUAAAUUUUUUUUUCGCGAUGGCACGUCCGUGUGGGGGCCCCGCACCGCGACAGUGUGGCACGGUCCAUCUGCAGCGUGGCCUCUCACGUCGCGUGUCAUGGUCGCUUGAUUAUCGCAUACAUGUGGCUGCCUCUUUAAUGUAAUAAGCAAUACAUAUAACGGAUUCACCGA